GCCCCAGGUGUCGGAGGCAAGCCUGGACCACCUGGAAUGCGUGGAAUGCGUGGUGCCAAGGGAAUACCUGGACAACCAGGUCGAGAUGGCACUCCUGGAAUGCCUGGUCCGCAAGGUCCACCUGGACCACCGGGGCCAGAUGGAAAGACAGGACCGCCCGGAAUAAAAGGAGAAGACGGAGAGCAGCUCGUGAGCAGAAAGGGACCACGUGGCUUACCGGGUGAGCCGGGUGAACAAGGACCCCGAGGCUAUCCUGGACGAAAUGUGCACGUUGGGUCGAUGGGUGCACCGGGUAGAGAUGGAGUCCAAGGAUUUCAAGGAGCUGCAGGUCCAGACGGUGAACCGGGACCAGUCGGUCCACCUGGGAAUCCAGGAAAAGAUGCUACGUACUGCAAAUGCCCGAGGAGAGGAGACCCUGACGGUCCGCCACGUAACUGGAAACGUCUCCGUUUGCACUAG